AUCGCCCUCCACUCGGCCCGGCCCCGCUCCAAAUCUAUAAAAGGCGGCCGUCGGCCUCCAGUUCUGUGCCAAGAUCCAGCAACCAGAGUUCUCCAAAGCGCGAAGCUCCAGCUCCAUCUCCAGGCAGCCGUCACCGUCACCGUCAGGGAACGCGCGCAGCAAUGGCCUUCUACUACGGCGUGGGCGGACAGUCGUCGGCGUGGGCGGCGCCGGGCGGCAGCAGGCCAUGGACCAAGGCGGAGGACAAGGUGUUCGAGGGCGCGCUGGUGAUGUUCCCGGAGCACCUGCCGAACCGGUGGGCGCUGGUGGCGUCCCGGCUGUACGACCGCACGCCGCAGGAGGCCUGGGACCACUACCAGGCGCUGGUGACCGACGUCGACCUCAUCGAGCGCGGCAUGGUGGAGGCCCCGGACUCCUGGGACGACGACGCGGCUGCCGCCGGAGGGGGACGCUCGGGCCGCGGCCGCGGGGGCGGCAGCGGCAGCGGAGAGGAGCGCCGCCGCGGGGUGCCGUGGACCGAGGACGAGCACAGGCUGUUUCUGGAGGGGCUUGAGAAGUACGGGCGCGGCGACUGGCGGAACAUCUCGCGCUGGUCGGUGAAGACGCGGACGCCCACGCAGGUGGCCAGCCACGCGCAGAAGUACUUCAUCCGCCAGGCCAGCGCCGCCAGCCGCGGCGACAGCAAGCGCAAGAGCAUCCACGACAUCACCACCCCGUGAUGCCUCCUGCUCGUGGAGGACAAAGCUAGCACCGAGAUCCAGCCCUGCCUACUGCUGCUACCUGCAUUUUAUCUUUACCUUUGCGAGACGGGAUCAAAAAACAAACAGCCGUCCCUGUGGUUGUAGAAAUGUAGGCAAAGCUAAGCUAGCCUGGCUGGUAUCUGGGGUCUGGUAUAACUGUAUUAAGCGACACUACAAUGAAUAUUGAAUAAAUAAGUUUUGCAAGUUUGUCUGGAUUUCCGUAAUCCAGCCUUUGGUUAUUA